ACCUUAUUCGUUUUUACGUUGCUGCGCUGAUUGGAUGUAAUUAGCUCUUUGUUGUGAAAGUGAAAAAAAUCUAUACUAAAAACGCAAAACAAAUAGAUAAGCUAAUUUUUGGUCAUACCUCGAAGAAAAUUCUUAUUCAAAGCUAAACCAAGAGUUGCAAGUUACAAAAUCUCAUAAUGGGUGCCGUUUUGGGCCUGGUUUCAGCGGCCAAUCUCGCUUGCUGCUGCACCGGAACAGCUUGUUCCCUCUGCUGUUCACUAUGUCCGUCGUCGCUCAAGUCCAACUCAACGGCUACCAGGUUCAUGUAUGCCUUAAUGCUGUUGUUGGGAGCUGUCGUGGCGGCUAUAAUGCUCGCUCCCGGAUUGCAAGACUUCCUGCAAAAAGUUCCGUUUUGUACCAACUCUACGUCCACCGCCGGACACCUCAUACCAGGAGGCGACACCAUUGAUUGCAGUCACGCAGUAGGAUAUCUGGCCGUUUACCGUAUUUGCUUCGCGCUGUGUUGUUUCUUCGCACUUUGGGCAGUAAUGAUGUUGGGAGUUCGCUCAUCCAAAGAUCCACGAGCAGCUCUGCAGAAUGGAUUCUGGGGUAUUAAGUUUAUGCUGGUGACUGGAAUUGCCAUCGGAGCGUUUUUCAUUCCGGAAAGUGGAUUUGGUCCGGCCUGGAUGUGGGUUGGUCUCAUCGGUGGAUUUGCUUUCAUUCUAGUCCAACUGGUUUAUAUUGUUGAUUUCGCUCACCAAUGGGCUGAGGCUUGGGUCAGCAACUACGAAGAGGAGGAAUCCCGAGGAUGGUUCGCGGCUCUGUGUUGUGUCACUGGACUUCAAUUUGCCCUAUCUUUAACUGGCAUCUCUUUGCUCUAUGUCUACUACACGCAAGCUGAUGAUUGUUCGCUGAAUAAGUUCUUCAUCACAUUCAACAUGAUCAUCUGCUUGGGAGUCAGCAUCCUGUCGAUUUGGCCGAAAGUGCAGGAAUACGCACCAAAGUCCGGACUGCUGCAGAGCUCGAUGGUGACGCUGUACACAAUUUAUCUGACCUGGUCUGCAGUUGCUAAUAAUCCGGAUGCAGAGUGUAAUCCAGGUUUCAUGGGUAUCAUCGGAGAUAAGCAGAACAAGGUACAAUUCGACAAGACGAGCAUCAUUGGUUUAGUCAUCUGGAUGUUGUGCAUUUUGUACUCGACACUGCGCUCAGCUAACAACGUAUCCAGACUGGCUGAUCCGGAGAAGCAAGUCUUGGCAGCAACUUUAAGUGACGACGUUGGAUCCAGCAGCGGAGGUACCCACGGUGCAUCGAAUGAAGUUCGUGAUAACGAAGAAGAAGCGGUCGCCUAUUCGUGGUCCCUGUUCCAUGUGGUAUUUAUUACGGCUACGCUAUAUGUAAUGAUGACGCUCACCAAUUGGUAUCAGCCAAACUCAUCUCUGGAGACUCUGAAUGCCAAUGCCGCCUCUAUGUGGGUGAAAAUUAUUUCCAGCUGGUUCUGCGUGGGAUUGUACGCUUGGACUCUUGUAGCUCCCAUGGUUCUAACUGAUCGCGAAUUCAACUAAAUAAGAAAUUUUGUCAUCCUUCGGGAGAACACACCUUCAACCAGAUAAAAAUCUUUCCAAAGUCAAUGUUGAAUCAGUAGACUAGAAUUAGUUUUAGCUACAACAGUGAAUGUUAUGUGAUAGGACUCGUUUCUCAGAAUAUUUGAACCGAAUGAACAGAUAAGAUCGUAAACUGAAAUAGGAACGGUAGUUUAAAUUUAUCUUUAUUACAACUAUCUAUACAAGAGCAACUCAAAACAUGUUGGUCUUAAUCCAAACAGAAAAUGCAACCAUUAUCCCAACCUUUGAAAGAUAAUAAAUUUCAAUCCAAGCGGAAUGCCUAUUUCCUCUUGGUGGCCAAAAGAA